AUGGGGCAGGAGAAUAAGCUGAAGGUAUUCAACCUGUUGCGCUGCAAGGCUAGGAGUUACUCUGGCAUUAAUCCUGCAGGCAAGGGUAGAGAGAUUAAUGAAAAAGGGUUUUCAAUUAUAAGACUUACUCUGCUAAUGAGAAGAGGUUCACGCUCGUUCAAGAAUGCACCUGCUGUAACUGAUAUAUUUGCAAAGGAAUGUGCAAGAGUCAAAGGCUGCAUUCUGCAAGUAGUUCAGUCAGACGAUCUAUCUUUCUGCGACCAGGUGAAAGUGCUCACCAGCACCGAUAUUGUUGCGUCUCCAUAUGGAGCACAGUUAACGAAUAUGCUCUUCAUGGACCCCGAGAGCAGCGUGAUGGAAUUCUAUCCAAAAGGAUGGUUAGAGUAUGCUGGCUCAGGCCAAUAUGCUUACCAUUGGAUGGCAAAUCAAUCAGGGAUGAAACAUCAGGGUGCAUGGUGGGAUCCAAUGGGAAAGGAGUGUCCAUCCCCCAAAGAUCGUCUGCAGUGCUUUCUUUUUCAUAAAGAUGGCAUGGUUGGACAUAACGAGACCUAUUUUACCGAAUGGGUUAGAAGAGUCAUCGAUCAUGUUAAGCUAAUCAAGCUGGAGCAAGCAAACCAGCAACAACAUGAUUCAAAAGCAUGUAUAUGCUAG